AUGUAUUCUACUAAAAAUUUAGAAUCAGUCGUUAUUGUUAGUGCAUGCAGAACUCCAAUUGGUACCAUGGGUGGAUCAUUAUCAACUGUUCCAGGUACUAAAUUAUCAUCAUUAACAAUUGAAGAAUGUGUAAAAAGAGCAGGUAUUAAUAAAGGCGAAGUUGAUGAAGUUAUUAUGGGUAAUGUUAUUUCAGCUAAUGUUGGUCAAGCUCCAGCCCGUCAAUGUGCUUUAGGUGCAGGUUUAGAAUUAAAAACAGUUACAACUACCAUUAAUAAAGUUUGUUCAUCAGGUUUAAAGGCAAUUACAUUAGGUACCCAAUCUAUUAUGUUAGGACAUUCUAAUGUUGUUCUUGCUGGUGGUUUCGAAAGUAUGUCACAAGUUCCAUUUUACUCUGAUAAAAUGAGAUUUGGUGCUAAAUAUGGUAAUCAAACUUUUAUCGAUGGUCUUGUUAGAGAUGGUCUUGCUGAUGCAUACAAUGGUAGCGCUAUGGGUGUUUGUGGUGAUGAUUGUGCCGCUAAAUAUAAUAUUACUCGUGAAGAACAAGAUAAAUUUGCUAUUGAUUCAUACAACCGUGCCAUCGAGGCCCAAAAGAGUGGUUAUUUCACCCAAGAAAUCGUUCCAGUUCCAAUUACUGCCAGAGGUAAAACUACUUUUGUCACCGAAGAUGAAGAACCAAAGAAAGUUUUAUUCGAUAAAAUUCCAACCCUUAAACCAGCUUUCACUCCAAAUGGUACUGUUACUGCUGCUAAUGCCUCCAAGAUUAAUGAUGGUGCCUCCUCAGUUCUUUUAAUGUCAGAAAGCCACGCUAAAAAAUUAGGUGUCAAACCAUUAGCAAGAAUUAUUGGUUAUGCCGAUUCUGAACAAGCUCCAAUCGAGUUCCCAACUGCCCCAGCCAAAGCCAUCCCAAAAGCACUCAAAAAUGCUGGUAUUGAUAUCUCUCAAGUUGAUCUUUUCGAAAUUAACGAAGCUUUCUCUGUUGUUGGUUUAGCUAACAUGAAACUUUUAAAUAUCGAACACAGUAAAUUAAAUGUCAACGGUGGUGCUGUUGCUUUAGGUCAUCCAAUUGGUUCCUCUGGUUGCCGUAUUGUUGUUACUUUAACCCAUUUACUUCAACAAAAGAAUCUUAAAUAUGGUGUUGCUGCUAUCUGUAAUGGUGGUGGUGGUGCUUCUGCUUUAGUCUUAGAAGCCAUCAGAGAUUAA